UGGGGGGAUGGGGCCGUGCCGAGGAUGAGAGACUCCAAAUAUUUACCACUUGGCUAACUAAAUAUCUUUAUUUCCGAACUGAGCUUCCUCUCUCGCUCUUGUAUAUACAACUUUUCGACUACGCAUGAGUUAAAGUGGAAUUUGUCCAAAAUAAAGUGGAGUAUCUGUACGUCCACGACACGCUUAAAAACUCGACAAAAUGUAUUCCUCUGCUGGAGUCACCGAGAUGCAAGAGGGACCCCGUUCCUCUGGAUCAACCGGCUCUGACCCGCCAUCCUCCCCAGUGCCAGAAUAUGUGUUCAAGCCACCAUCACGGCCGGACUUUGGCACCAUGGGCAGGACAAUCAAGCUCCAGGCCAACUUCUUCGAGAUGGAAAUCCCCAAACUGGAGGUCUACCAUUAUGACAUUGACAUCAAGCCUGAGAAAUGCCCCAGGAGGGUCAACCGUGAAAUUGUGGAGCACAUGGUCCAGCACUUUAAAACACAAAUCUUUGGUGAUCGAAAGCCAGUAUAUGACGGGAGGAAGAAUCUCUACACUGCCAUGCCCUUGCCCAUAGGCAGAGACAAAGUGGAGCUUGAGGUAACCAUUCCUGGUGAAGGCAAGGACCGCAGCUUCAAAGUUUCCAUCAAGUGGAUGUCCUGCGUUAGCCUGCAAGCGCUACACGAGGCACUAUCAGGGCGGCUACCCAGCGUCCCCUUUGAGACUGUCCAAGCCUUGGAUGUGGUCAUGAGACAUUUGCCCUCUAUGAGGUAUACCCCGGUGGGCCGCUCUUUCUUCACUCCCUCAGAGGGAUGUUCGAACCCCCUCGGUGGUGGCAGAGAGGUGUGGUUUGGCUUUCACCAGUCUGUCAGGCCUUCCCUUUGGAAAAUGAUGCUCAACAUUGAUGUUUCUGCCACUGCAUUCUACAAAGCCCAGCCCGUAAUUGAGUUCAUGUGUGAGGUCUUAGAUUUCAAAAGCAUUGAAGAACAACAGAAGCCCUUAACAGACUCUCAACGAGUGAAAUUUACAAAGGAAAUCAAAGGCCUGAAGGUGGAGAUCACUCACUGUGGGCAGAUGAAGAGGAAGUACAGAGUGUGCAACGUGACCAGAAGACCAGCCAGCCACCAAACGUUCCCCCUGCAGCAGGAGAACGGCCAAACUAUUGAAUGCACAGUAGCACAGUACUUCAAAGACAAGUACAAGCUCAUUCUGAGAUACCCUCACCUUCCGUGUCUACAGGUGGGACAGGAGCAGAAGCACACCUACCUACCUCUAGAGGUGUGUAACAUAGUGGCAGGACAGCGCUGCAUAAAAAAGCUGACAGACAAUCAGACCUCCACUAUGAUUCGUGCCACAGCCCGAUCAGCUCCAGACCGCCAGGACGAGAUUAGUAAAUUGAUGAGAAGUGCCAAUUUCAACACUGACCCUUAUGUUCGUGAAUUUGGAGUGAUGGUGAGGGAUGAGAUGACAGAAGUGAAUGGCCGUGUCCUUCAAGCACCUUCCAUUCUGUAUGGAGGCAGGAACAAAGCAAUAGCCACACCAAUCCAGGGAGUAUGGGACAUGAGGAACAAACAGUUCCACACUGGCAUUGAGAUCAAAGUGUGGGCCAUCGCCUGCUUUGCGCCACAGAGGCAGUGCACUGAACUCCUGCUUAAAGCAUUCACAGAUCAGCUGAGGAAGAUCUCUAGGGAUGCAGGCAUGCCCAUCCAGGGUCAGCCUUGCUUCUGUAAGUACGCCCAGGGAGCGGACAGUGUGGAGCCCAUGUUCAGGCACCUGAAGUACACCUACCAGGGCCUCCAGUUGGUGGUCGUCAUCCUACCGGGGAAGACGCCCGUCUACGCUGAGGUAAAACGUGUUGGGGACACGGUACUUGGCAUGGCCACACAGUGUGUGCAGGUGAAGAAUGUUCAAAAGACAACACCUCAGACCCUCUCCAACCUCUGUCUGAAGAUCAAUGUCAAGCUGGGCGGUGUCAAUAACAUCCUCCUCCCGCAGGGCAGGCCAUUGGUUUUCCAGCAGCCAGUGAUCUUCCUUGGUGCAGAUGUGACUCAUCCGCCUGCAGGAGAUGGAAAAAAGCCUUCCAUCGCUGCUGUUGUUGGUAGUAUGGAUGCCCAUCCCAGCAGAUACUGUGCCACAGUGCGGGUGCAGCAGCACCGUCAGGACAUCAUCCAGGACUUGGCCACCAUGGUGAGGGAGCUGCUUAUCCAAUUCUACAAGUCCACCCGCUUCAAGCCCACCAGAAUCAUCUACUACCGCGAUGGCAUCUCUGAGGGCCAAUUCAACCAGGUCCUUCAGCAUGAACUGCUGGCGAUCCGCGAGGCCUGCAUAAAACUAGAGAAGGACUACCAGCCUGGUAUCACUUUUGUGGUCGUGCAGAAGAGACACCACACGAGACUGUUCUGUAUGGACAGAAAUGAGAGGGUUGGGAAGAGUGGCAACAUUCCGGCAGGCACCACAGUGGACACCAAAAUCACUCACCCAUCAGAAUUUGACUUCUACCUUUGCAGUCACGCUGGCAUUCAGGGUACCAGCAGGCCGUCUCAUUACCAUGUGCUCUGGGACGACAACCACUUCUCUUCAGAUGAACUGCAGGUCCUAACGUACCAGCUAUGCCACACCUAUGUACGCUGCACCCGAUCAGUUUCCAUCCCAGCACCAGCUUACUAUGCCCAUUUGGUGGCAUUCCGGGCUCGCUAUCAUUUGGUGGACAAAGAGCACGACAGUGCCGAGGGCAGUCAUACAUCAGGCCAGAGUAAUGGGCGUGACCAACAAGCCUUGGCCAAGGCCGUUCAGAUCCACCAGGACACCCUGCGCACCAUGUACUUUGCCUGAGAGCACACAACCCCAGGUUGCCAUGGGUGAGAGACCCCACUGACGGAACACACUACCCCUCGCUGUCUUACUGUCAGCUGUGGAUAGCAUCACAGUGGUUUCACAUAGUGAUCUCCCUACCUAACAUACCUGUCCAGUUACCCAUAUGUCUUCAAUUGUACUUCAGCCCCUGACCCACCCAAAUCAAGCCAGCUAUUAGACUGUAAGAUGCAAAGGCAUCCCUCUUUCAUGGGGUUUGAGCGGGAAGAGGUUUUAUUUACAUCUUGUGCAUUAGUGUGCGUUUGUAUUUGUUGUAGGGAAAUAUGUUUCAAAGUAUGAAAGGAAAACGAAAAGUUUGUACACUGAUAGAAGAAAUCUACAAUUUCUAAACUAGUGGGCAGUAUCAUUAUACAUUGGGGUGAUUUAUAAUUUAGAAGAAGCCGUUUACCCUCCUGUUUUUUAUUGUAUGUUAGGGUCUUGGUGCUUGAAGGGAGAAGGAUCACAUUCAUCAAAAUAUAAGGGGGCCUGUUCACUGUUUAUAUGCCUAAAGAUUUGCUCCUCUGACAAAUAUUAUUUAUCAGCCAAUCAAAGCAAAGUGCACUGACCAAAAUGGGUACUUCAAUCAGGAAUUUGAGGGUUGUGUGAUUUCACAUAGGGCACUAUGUGAUGAAAAGUGCCAUUUGAGACCACCUUUCUGUUGUCAUUUCUGUGUAAAACUAUGAAUUAUUAGUCCCACGUCUGCUGGGUUUUCAGUAUUUGUCCUUGAUUUUAUGCCAAAUCUGGUGACAAAUAACCAAAGGAUUCUUUGCAUCAGAUUUGUUGUCAACCCUUGAACCAACACUUAGUUUAUUCUGGAUGAGGGCUUUUAGUGUUCAGAUAGAGAUUGAAACAACAGCAGCUGUAUCCUCUUUUGCCUCUUGUGUUACCCUAUUCCCAUGCUAAGACAUGGUGUAUUGGGACCGGUUCCCAACAAGGACACCUUUCUAAUGUAGUCUGAGCCAUGUUGAUAAAAGAUCAACAUAGAGGGGAACUUAACAAAAUCCUUUUUUUUUUUUUUUUUUUUUUUUAAUG